CAGGAAACACGAGGCGGGUCUCGGUGGGAGGGACGCAUUGAAGGAGGAGGGAGGAAAGGGGGCGGCGGCGGCGGCUGCUCCUCCUCUCACCGGACCCGGGCCCCGCGCAGCGCGCACCCAAGGGGGGGUCGGGCGGAGAAGCGGCGCCGGGGCCGGACCCCCCGUGGGAGCUGGCGACUGGCGUGAGGGCAAGGCGGCGGCAGCGGCGGACGGGGAGCAGCGGUUGCGGGACAGUGUCUUCAGCCUUUUCUUGAAGUUUUUUUUACCGUGAAUUGUUGCUGCGUGUCAAACUGGACAAGGUAUUUUAGUUGAAGUUUCACCAGUUGAAACAUUGGAGGAUCCCACCAGGGCCCUGUAUUACAGUUAUCAUCACGUCUCCUUAGGCUCCUCUUGACUGUGACAGUUUCUCAGACUUCCCUUGUUUUGAUGACCUUGUCAGUUUUGAGGAGAAUUUGAUCAGCUCGUGAAAGAAGGGUGCUCAUCAUCACUCUGCUGGGAAUGUCCUUGAUACCUACCAAUGACAUAGUGGAAAGAAAAGACUUUGGAGAAGGCAGGCUUGGAUUUGUGUCACGAUUCUGCCAUAUGCCCAUUUUCUGAGUUUAAUUUCUUCUUUGUAAAAUGGAGAAAAUGACUGCAGUAUUGGAAGAUCAUUACUAUUGGAAGACCGAUUAGCAUCCAUUUCAUAAGAGAAGCUUGACACCAUUUGCUCUGGCAUGGCGCAGAACAGUCCACAGCUUGAUAUGCAGGUUCUCCAUGACCUCCGACAACGUUUCCCUGAGAUUCCGGAGGGUGUGGUGUCUCAGUGCAUGUUACAGAACAACAACAAUCUUGAAGCCUGUUGCCGAGCGCUUUCCCAGGAGAGUAGCAAAUACUUAUAUAUGGAAUACCACAGUCCAGAUGACAACAGGAUGAAUAGAAAUCGCCUUUUGCAUAUUAACCUGGGUAUUCAUUCUCCUAGUAGCUACCACCCAGGAGAUGGAGUGCAACUUAACGGUGGUCGAACACUGGUACAUAGCUCAAGUGAUGGACAUAUUGAUCCACAGCAUGCAGCAGGCAAACAGCUGAUAUGUUUAGUUCAGGAACCCCACUCAGCUCCAGCUGUUGUCGCUGCUACUCCCAACUACAAUCCAUUUUUUAUGAAUGAACAGAACAGAAGUGCAGCUACUCCUCCUUCACAGCCGCCUCAACAGCCAUCUUCCAUUCAAACAGGAAUGAAUCCAUCUGCUAUGCAAGGGCCUUCACCACCGCCACCGCCACCUCCUUCAUACAUGCACAUACCUCGGUAUAGUACAAAUCCAAUUACUGUUACAGUAUCCCAGAACCUCCCUUCUGGACAGACUGUACCAAGAGCUUUACAAAUUCUUCCACAAAUUCCAAGCAAUCUUUAUGGGUCUCCUGGUUCUAUCUAUAUUAGACAGACAUCUCAGAGUUCAUCAGGAAGACAAACUCCUCAGAGUACACCAUGGCAGUCCUCACCACAGGGCCCAGUGCCUCAUUAUAGCCAGCGUCCUUUACCUGUUUAUCCGCACCAACAGAACUAUCAACCUUCUCAGUAUUCUCCCAAACAACAGCAGAUCCCUCAACCUGCUUACCAUUCACCACCACCUUCUCAAUGUCCUUCACCCUUCAGCUCUCCACAGCAUCAAGUACAACCAUCCCAGUUGGGCCACCCUAGUUCCCAUGUCUUUAUGCCACCUAGUCCUUCAACUACUCCACCCCAUCCAUAUCAACAAGGACCUCCUAGCUAUCAGAAACAGGGAAGUCAUUCAGUAGCCUAUCUCCCAUAUACACCAUCUAGCUUACCCAAAGGAUCCAUGAAGAAAAUAGAAAUUACAGUCGAACCCUCUCAGAGAUCUGGGACAGCAAUUAAUAGGAGUCCUUCACCUAUCAGUAAUCAGCCAUCUCCACGGAAUCAGCACUCAUUGUAUACAGCCACCACGCCACCUUCAAGUUCUCCUUCAAGAGGGAUAUCCAGUCAACCAAAACCUCCAUUUAGUGUCAAUCCUGUGUAUAUUACAUAUACACAGCCAACUGGACCUUCUUGCGCUCCAUCACCAUCUCCUCGGAUGAUACCAAACCCAACUACAGUUUUUAAAAUUACUGUAGGCCGAGCAACAACUGAAAAUCUUUUAAAUUUAGUGGACCAAGAAGAACGUUCUGCAGCCCCAGAACCUAUUCAGCCCAUUUCAGUGAUACCGGGCUCUGGGGGAGAAAAGGGAAGCCAUAAAUAUCAGAGAAGUUCUAGUUCUGGAUCAGAUGACUAUGCCUAUACACAAGCCUUGCUGUUACAUCAGCGAGCAAGGAUGGAGAGGUUAGCAAAGCAGUUGAAACUUGAGAAAGAGGAGCUAGAGCAAUUGAAGGCUGAAGUUAACAGUAUGGAGCAUGACCUGAUGCAGAGACGGCUCAGAAGGGUCAGCUGCACCACUGCGAUCCCAACGCCUGAGGAAAUGACAAGAUUGAGAAGCAUGAACAGACAACUCCAGAUAAAUGUUGACUGUACACUGAAAGAAGUUGACCUCCUUCAAUCUAGAGGUAACUUUGAUCCAAAAGCUAUGAAUAAUUUUUAUGACAACAUAGAACCUGGUCCAGUUGUACCACCCAAGCCACCUAAAAAAGACUCAUCAGACACCUGCACAGUUGAGAGGAAAGCCCGAAGAAUUAGCGUGACCUCCAGAGUACAGGAGGACAUCCAUGACACCCAGGCAGCAGCUGCAGAUGAGCAUCCAAGUAGCUCCAAGCAGAGUCCUCGGACACAACCCCGAGACGAAGACUAUGAAGGGGCUCCAUGGAAUUGUGAUAGCUGCACCUUUCUGAACCACCCCGCACUAAAUCGCUGUGAGCAGUGUGAGAUGCCACGGUACACUUGAAUUCCCAAGAAAGAGUCUGCACUAGGUUGAGAGUGAAGCUUUGAGCGCCCAUUAGAAGAAAAGGAAACCUGGGGAAUCUGUUCAUCUGCCCAGCCUUUUCAUUUCAGAUAACAUGGUGGGGGGAGGGGGUGACAAUGCAGCCGCUUGUGCUCAAUAAAGGAAAAACGGGGAGGGUUUUUUCCCCCCCUUUCUUAACUCAUUGCAGAGUUAGAGAUGGAAAGGGAUACUUGAAAUGGGGAAAGGAUUCACUCCUGAAAGAAUGUACACAGAGAAGUCAAGAGCUCUUCUGUGCAACCCCAAUUGUUAAAGUUACUGCUGUUAAAGUUACUUAUAAAAUAAGUUACCCUUAUUUUAUAAACUAGAACUUUGAUUCAUGAUGUGACAUGUUACAGUUUAUGCAGACAAACUGUGAAUUGCCAGAGCAGACUUACCUGGUCACAGCUCUCUGGAAAACCCAGGCUCCCCAGGCUUCUUCUUGUUGCUUCCUACUGAAGAGAAGGACAGGGAAAAGCAACCAGAGGAUGUUUUCCUGGGGGGGGGGGCAAAAUAACAAGGGUAUUUGUAAUUGCUGCUUUUUACAGGGGUAAUUUCAAACACACAAACAAAAUGUUUUAAAAUGUGAUUUGUAGCAGUCAGGAAUUAGGCAUAUUGUGCCCUUUGUUCGAAAGUACAAUCAGAGGUAAUAAGAUCCCUUUUGCUUGUACAGUGAUUCAUCAAGCUAUACCAACACUGGUAACUAAGACCUAAUUACGCCGCAUAAUAUAUUUUUUAAGUUACUGCAUGCUUUUAUUAGGCCACUGGUUUUUAAAAUAACCAACAAGUCCUUACAAAUUUUGAUUUUAGGAAUGACCUUCUCGUAAAACUGCGCUUCGCCAAUAGCACAGUGAAUGUAUGCUGAAUGUAAAUCCAUUCCAAAAUCCACUUGGAAUCUUGAGCUCAGCUGUGGUUCUAUAAGAAAUGUUUGCAGUCCCUAGAGCCUUUUCCCCUCCUUCCAAUUUGUGAUGAGUCCAUGAUGUUUACAGCACAGAUAAUACUUUGUGCCAUAAUCCUAAUUUAGCUGAAAAAAAUUAAUAUUAGUUGUUCAAUAAAGAUAUAUUUGCACAUAUGUUAACAAAACAGUGUGAGGAAAAUUAUAGUUGGCCAAUAUCAUAAAGUUGCACGCUCUGCGUUAUUUGGGGAGGAAGAGAAGGCUAGUCAAGAAAUAACGACUGAGAGAAAGGUGAAUACAACGGACUUUGAAACUAAGAAGUUUUAAAAUGUAACAAUACUGUAUUCAGAGAUGAUAUUGAGUUUGUUCAGACAGUUCAGGUGAUACUAAAGCACUCUUUAUUUAUGAAACUAGAACUUUAGGGUAUAAAUAACUGAAGACAUAUAAAAUCAUUUGACUUACUAAAGUGCACCACUAGAAAAUUAUUAAUAGGACACUGAAUUAAGGUCUUUACCAUCGUUGACUUUUCUUCCAAGCUCAAAAUUGGAUUUUGGAAUCUUCCCCCUGUCUGGGUCAAUAUAAACAGCAAUAAAAUUGGUAGGUUUCCUAAUCCUAAAGGAUUUUACCUCAGGUUAUAACCUGAGGAGUAUAUAUACUCUCCCAUACCAGCCAUCUCCCUUCUCUCCUCUCUCCUCUCUCUACUCUCUCUCCCUGUAUCUCACACACACAAGCUUCAAGCUGUCAUUGUAUGCUAAUGUAGCAGUAAUCUCUGGCAGACCUGGAAAAACAAGCUGCACUUAAUAGCAUAAUGAAACCAAAGGCGUAAUAACUUAUCAUAGCUUAUCAUCAAAUUCAUAAUUUCACACUGUACCUGCAGCUUUGAAAACUUUUCAUAUGUGGAAAAUGUCCUAAAGAAUAUCUACUUGUCUCACAAAGUCAGCGUGGCUAUGUAAUUACACUGAUAAAACAUCUCUCAUAUAACAACUGUGGCAAAACUGUGAAAAUAAAGGUGAGAAAGCAGAUGGGCUUAAAAGCAUUGACCUGAAAACAGCAUUCAUUCUUUAAAGGCUUUUGUAGUAGCACUGGUGUCUGUCAGUCUCCAAUAAGUCUAUCAGUCCUACUGUUCUGUAAUAUGCCGAUGCUUUUGCCUUUGUAUGGUUUCAUAUCUCUUUAGUGAUGGUCAACCCCACUUGGUAUUAAGUAACAAUUUAGGGGAAAAAUACAUAUAUUGCUUGAUGUUCUAGCUAAAGGUUUACCCAGUAUUCUUAGUGAUAUGCUGAAGUGGCAGCAAUUAACUUGGCAGUUGUCAGUUGAGAAUGAAAGUAGCAUGUAAGAAAACCGUUUGAUGCUUUAUUAAAACCAUGUAGAUGACUUUAAAACUAUUGCAUGAACAUACAUCCAGAUUACUGAACUGUUAUCACACAGUAGAUGCAUGGUUCCAGUCCUUUGGUGAUAUAUCUAGUAAAUCAUUGUUUUCACCUGCCAGGAAAAAUGAGAAAUCGGUCUAUUUGAUAGGUGUAGAGGGUGGGGUUUGAGACAUCAGAGAUUGCUUUUUAAGGAAGUUUUGUAUAUGUUCAUUUCUGGUUGUGCACAAGUUUCAUACGCCAACAUAGGCUGUAUUCAGUUUUUAAAAUAAGCAAAAUUAUUUGACACUGAUAAAUUUGAUAUAUUUAACUGUGUCCCAUACGUUGACUACUUCUUGCCUAUGACAACUUUGAAUAAGAAUUCAGUCAACUUUCAAGAUGCCUUUUCAAAAGGAUCUGGCUGCUGAGGUGCCUAUGCUUUUAGGAUCAGUUGGUGCACUUCCUGUUUCUAGUAAAAAAAAAAAGUGUUUUUCUUAAAAUACAACCAGUUUGAUGUAUCUGGGAACACAGAGAGCUGACUGUACAUUUUACAUUAUUUCACUGUUUUGUAAACUGGGUUUGUAGAAAGCACCUUUGUCAUUUUGUUAAAGUACAUUGCCCCUUACAUUUUGAGGUAGUUCUUAAAAGUUUAAAGUGGUAAAAAAAGGAGUCAGAAACUUUCUAAGCAUUGUAAAAUGUUUCAAAUAAUGACCUUGUUUGAGAGAGUACAGAGGCGCGGCAAUUUAAAUAAACAAAAGAAAUGCAUUGUAGAAAAGGUAGUUUUAGAGCAGAUUAAUGAUGGUGGGGGAAGUGUUGCUAAUUUGUUUAUUUCCCUGAAAAAAUCGGAGUGUGAUGACUUUAAUAAUUUUUAAGGAGCUGGUCUCAAUUUUAGUACUUAUUAUAAAAGAGAUCAAUGUUUCCUUCAGUUUUUUUUUUUUUUUUUUGCGGUAUGUGGGCCUCUCACUGUUGUGGCCUCUCCCGUUGCGGAGCACAGGCUCCAGACGCGCAGGCCCAGCGGCCAUGGCUCACGGGCCCAGCCGCUCCGCGGCAUAUGGGAUCCUCCCAGACCGGGGCACGAACCCGUAUCCCCUGCAUCGGCAGGCGGACUUUUAACCACUGCGCCACCAGGGAGGCCCUUCCUUCAGUUUUGACAUUGCUUUGUCCCAGGUAUCUAGGGGGUUCAUAUUCCAACUUUCUGUGGCAACUCGAUUUUAUACAGUAUUUUAAAAGGUAAUUAAUUGUAAUGUUUUUGACAGUAUAAACAAAAAGCAAGAAUAUAAGGCAUAGAAAAAUUGUCCUUUGAAAAUAUCAGUGAUGUACCCUGGAAUGUGAAGAUGUCCCCUUAUAGUUUAAAUUGAUUUAUUUUAAUAUUGUAAUCACUGUUCAGACUUUGAACGAGUUGUUAAAGUGUGUGUCUGUAUAUCCGUAGAGAAAAAUGACAAUUGAAAUGUUACUUUAAAAUCAAAAUAAAUUUGGCACUGUCUGUUGCACCACUACUGUAUCUUUUUGAAAGAAUUAUUAACAGUAUUUUCUUAUUGUAAAAGGUAAUUCUGAUGAUGAUUUCAUUCACCAGACGUACGUAUUUUUUUUCUGUUAUUUGCGUCCCCAAAUAUUUAAUACAAGUAGAUUCUGCAUGGCUUGAGCAUUCAGAGAUUAAUAGGAUGACGACUCAAUGUUAAUUUCUAAAGCCAUGAGAAGUGGCUUUGACACUGAACAAUUCUGAAUUCUUGUUUAUAAUGACACCCAGUUGUCCAUGUUUCCCCACUGUAAAAGAUUUGAUCAAUUUCUUCCCUAAAACAGCAAGAACUUAUUAAAUCUUGU